AUGGAUACCCGUCCGCAUACCCCGGGCGGCGCGGACCAUAUCCCUAGCAUUCCUAAACACUCAAGCGCAUCACCCACCGCCCUGCGCUGCUGCUGCGGGCGCGAUGACUGCGCCCUGCUAGAGCACAAUAAUGUUGCUCUCGAGGGCCUCGAAAAGGAUCUCGAGACCGCGGCGAGGUUAGGUCAGGCCCUGCUCUACCGCCAUGAAAGUUACAUGGCCGAGGCGGAAGAGGACCGCCAGCGCCUAGUCGCAAGUAUUGAUGCGUUGGAGCGCGAAAAACGACAGGUUCAGGCCGAAAAUGCUCGCAUCGUCGAAGAAAACCGCAGCUUGCUUGACCAGCUGGACGGUUUAAAUCAGGCUGCCUCGGAGUCCGACGAUCGAGCCAAGAUGCUUGCCCUUACGUUGGAAAGCACACAAGCUGAACUACGGAAAUUGACCGUGGCUGCGGCUCGUGCGGCUGAGCUUGAGACGCAGUUGAUCAUGAUGGAAACCGAACAGUCCAGACUCCAGGACAUCUUGUUGUCUACACAAGAUGAUGAGAAAUCUGCAUUGCAGCGGUGGAAGAAUGCAGAAUCCACACUUCGAGAUCUCCAUGAUCAAGUCGACCGUAUCGAGAAAGAGGCCCGUGAAGAGCGUGAGCGGCAUGAAGAUCUUGUGCAGCGCAUGGAGCGAAAGAGAGCUGUGGAGCGUGAAUUGGAUAACGCUGCGGGACGUCUUAAGGGCGCGGCUGCUGCCUCCGACCUCAAUCGCAAUCCUGACGGGACUGUGGUAUCUCGCUUUGUCAAAGAUAUUCUACAGGACAACGCCAACCUACAAGUGGGUAUCAUAGAGCUCCGGGAGAUGCUCGAGAGCUCAAACCAGGAGGUGCAAAACCUGCGCGAGCAGGUUAUGUCUCACCAGCCGCUGGCCGGCGACGGUGAGGACGAUAAUGCCAUACCGGCUUCGUCCACUACCCUGAGUGAAGAGCUGGAAGCCAAGGAGCGACGACGGGUCUCUCAGGAAUUCCAUAUCCAUCAUCACUACCACUCCCCAUCUGCGAAGAAAGACAAGAGCUCGCUCAACCGUCGCGUGAAAAAGAAACGUUCUGUUAUGGGAAGCUCUUCUUCAGGAACACAGUCGCCUCGAAGACCUGGCCACCGCGCUCAACUGUCCAACUCCUCCACGUCCACAAUUCUGUCCCAGACCUCUGUCUCUAUACCGCCACCUACCUCGUCCCGCCGCUUGUCUCUGCAGUCACGGGCUGCUGACUCUAUUGCAAGUUCUCCUCAAUCUGCGUUCCACACAUCCUCAAUCUUCGACAGAGUUGAUCGUGGAUUCGAUUCCCAGCCGACCAGUCCCGGCAGUACGGUGUUUGGGUCUCCUAUUAUGGGGGCGCGCAACGUCAAGGGCUUCGACCUGCCAUUCCAACCGCUAGCUGAGAUCGACAGUAUUGACGCAUCACUGGACGACCCAUCCCAGGCCUUUGAUGACGAGCAUUUCAGUCGAGCCGAUGGCAAACAGCCUGUCAUUCCAGAAGAGUCGGAAGAAGCCUCCUCCGCACCCUACCAACACGCUAUCCCAGUCACCGACGAAGGUGUGUUUGAUAUGCAAAUGCCAUUCACGCCUCUACGCAGAUCCACUUCCCAUGACAGCUUGUUCGACACUGUAGCCGGCAUGGACAUUCAUACCCCGACAAGCCGUUUCUCCCGAAUGGGUGACUGGCGUGCUGGCAUGCGCAUACCCCAGCGCAUGGUAUCGCCCAGCGUUGAGCUAGUGUCUACGCCUCCUGUCGUAUCAGCGCCUAUAAUUACAGUCGACCGCGGGAAGAGCUCUGAGAAAACGUCCAGAUCAUUGUUGGCUUCUGUGGCUGCAGGCAAUAAUGUCCCCACGGAAUCAUCGUCCAUCAUUUCUGCUGAGAGCGCCGGCACCAGCUCGACCGCAACGCCUCGAAAGUCGGCAACACUCGGCCGUCGCAUGGGCGGCUGGGUAUUAGGGCGCUGGGGCAUGGCCGCAGUAGCCUCUGACGGCGAGACCAGACCGGAAUCCUCACCGUCCCUGUCCUCGUCAACCCCAUCAGCAGGGUUUCAUAACCCGGUUGACCCUGCUCCGCCCCGGUUCCGGUUCACAGGCGUGAACCAAAAGGUCCGAUCAUGGGCUACCGACCUCCACCACGAGCUCCGAUAG